CGAGCGUUGGCUUUGAAGCUGACGGACACCACACUCCCAGCUAUUAGUGUUAAAUACCCUAAUUUUAAAGUUUAGGACUAAGAAAGUUACAAGGAUCAGUUUUUAAAGACAAGGUGUAUCUACUGCGCCCGCAAUUUAGUUUUUAAUACCUCAGUUAACGGUGCUCAUCUUGUUAGCUUUGUGAGCUAAGUUGCUGUUAGCAUGUCAGCAAAACAGAGUUACAGGAUGUUUGGAUGUUUGUUUGUAGUUCUGAAGUUUCUGUCAGUCUGUGUCUGGCUGCUCACUUUGUCUGGAGCAACAUUCGCACAUGAAAACGGUCCAGUUGUCAACAAAGUGUUCGUGAAACAAGGCAGUGAUGUCGUUUUACCCUGUUCGAUCAACACCAAGGAAGACAUCUCAGGAAAGCUCUUUGACUGGAGGAAAAAUGGUCAGAAAGAAGGUCAGAAGGAGGUGAAGGAGGUGUUCCUGUAUGAUGCAGGCAGUCAUUACAAUAAUGGACGUCCAGGUCAAGAUGAGCAGUUCAAAGGUCGAGUCUCACAUUUUCAAGAUCAACUGGAGAACGGCAACGCCUCCGUAAAGAUCAGAAAUACCAAGAUGGCCGACAGCGGGAUCUACAGCUGUGAUUUUCCAGAUCAUGAACCGAGACAAACCGUCUAUAAUGAGCUUGUUGUUGAGUGCACCAUGAAAGACCGAUCAGGAGAAAUCAUCGGUACAUGCCAGGAGCCAUACAUCAGAACACUGGAUGAAACGAAGGACUGGUCUCUGCUGCAGUGUGAAGUUCGAGGAGCUUCUCCAGAACCUACAGUGGAGUGGCAGGACAGCGCUGGAAACAUCCUUCCUGCUGAGAGGCCUCAGGUGUUAGAAAGUGGAGGCAGCUACGAUGUCACCCUGAACAUCACUGUGACCAAGACAGACCAGUACCGCUGUGUGGCCACUCAGGAGGAACUUAGCCAUCAGAUUUAUGCAAAGACCUUCGUGUUUAUCAGUGAGAAACUCUGUGAGUACUGCUCCACCAAAGAGGCCGCUGGAUGGCUUGGUGGUGGAUUCAUAUUAGGAGCUGGUUUUGCUGCAGUUCUUGCUCUGCUUAUAGCUACAAAGCACAUCACAGUUAACUAUAAUGCAGGUCCCUGCCGACAGAGAGACGACUAUUAAGCUCCUCCAGAGAAGCUGCCUAACUCGACUCUUUGAGAACGUUGCCUCCAUGUUAAGGUGGACGUGUGUGUCACUGUCAGCUGGUGACACACAAAAAAAAACAAAGAGCUUUGUGAAACUUGGAUCACUUGUCAGUCAGAUUUACAGAGUGGUUUAGAAAAAUACACAUCACGAUAUACGGCAGCUCUUCAACACUUUAACGUGUUUCCCACCGGUUGAGAAUUUAGUUGUUGUCGUUGUGUUGAGGUCAGUGAGAAAUCAAUCAAUCAAUCAAAGGUUUAUUAUUAACUCUUUUGUUCCACAACAUGCUGUCGUUUACAGUUCAUGCUGGUUAUCCUACCGCCCUGCCAGUUAGUUUAUCUUAAAUUCUGUCUCGUCUCGGUUAACUUGCCAUCAGCUUCAAAUCAGUUGAAAGAACCUGAUUUGUUAUUUAUUCAUGCAUCAGUCGACUCUCAGGCAGCUUUCUGAUUUGUCAGCAAUUUUUAAUCCCUUUAACUUUGGAUUGAUCGAUGAACUUUAUUGUCUUCCCAACAGAGACAGAAAAUCAUUUGAAUUUUAACUAAAUAUAUGCAUAAAGUAUAUAGAUGCAUUUUACAAUCACAUCAACAUGAGGGAAGUGAUAUUAAACUUCCAUUUUAACUCGACUGAUUUUAUAGACUUUUUAAAUACUUCAUGAAUUACAAACUGUACGAAGUAAACUGAACACAAUGUUACAUCUUCUGUUCUUUUUUUAAAUUACAUUCAGUAGACCAAAGAAAUAAAAUGUGUAGGGUGUAAUUAUGUUGUUGCGGUAAUGAACAUUUCAGUAGUUUUACCUGCCAGAAAAAAACACUAAUUAAUAUCUAAUCAAUUAAAAGCCUUAUCCGCUUGCACUCGUUAGCUUAGCACCUUUGAGCUCAGCUUUUGUUUAUUUAUUUAUUUAUUCUUAGCUCCACUCACCAAUCAGGAACAAACACGCACCUACGAGCUGACAACAAACUCCACUCUGUUACCGUUCUGAGUUCACAAAGUUCAACUCCAAUCAUGUUUUACUGUCUGUUACAUUUUUCCUGCUCAGCAUCAGCUCCGCUCUCUACAUCUGACAAACAUACUACAAUCAGCAUAGAGCAUACGUAUGUGAAACACGAGUGACUGAUUAAAUCAAUCAACACACCUUAAAUUUGACCCCCAACUACUAACUUAAGUUGUGUCAGCUGGUCUGUGUGCUUUAAGUUACUGUCACACAUUUGCGAAAUCACCAGUAAUGAAUAUUCAUCUUUACUAAUAUCCUGUAAAGACGAAGAUGUGUCAUUACUGCGUCUUUUUUUUUUAGUGUGAAUGAGUUCAGUAUUCUGUUUUUGAAUGUUUUCUUGUUAGUUUAUAUUUUAUUUGUUUUGUAAAUAAUAGUCAUAAGAAGCAGGAGAAGCGAAACAGUAACAGGGAGAGAAUCUGGUCCUGAGCGGCUGCAGCUCAGGAGGCAGAGCGGGUCGUCUGGUAAUCAGACGUGGUCGUUGGUUUGAAUCUUCGCUCCUCCUAGCUGCAUGUUGAAGUGUCCUUAAGCAAGAUACUGAACCUCAAAUCGGACCUGAUGUGCAGUUGGCACCUUGCAAUAACCUCUGCCAUCAGUGUUGAAUGUGUGUGAAUGUGUGUGUGAAUGGGCGAAUCUGAGAAGUGUUUUAAAGCAGCUUUGAAAUACAAGUCUGUAGAAAUAGGAGUCCAUUUACUUUUUAAUAGUCCAGAUGAGAAAAGAGAGAAACAAGGGACAGUUUUAAAUCUGAGAUUGUUAAAACCAUGAAUCUAGUUAAUUUUUCUGAUUGACUGAAAAAGGGAAAAAGAUUCUCUUUUCUCACUUGGAUUUUAAAGAGAAUGUGGAGACUUAGUGUUUUGUAAAUACUGUACAAAAGAAUAUUUUUUCUGGAAUUAAAUGUCAAGAAAUGUACACUCAGCCAUCUUUUUUGGUGCCUUGUUGGUUUUUUCACUGGUGUUCAACACGUCCCCACCAGUAAAAAUAUGAGUUCAGUUUUUGGGUGAAAAAGUGUUAACACGUUUUUGUUUGUCAAAUCAGUUUACCAUCAGAAAAAAUUAGGCUUGUUGAGUUUUAACAAUAAUUAUAACAAGGCAUUACAAUCAUUGUCCUCCAGAGUCCUCAGGUGAUGCACUGCAAAGUUAGUGAGCAAGUGUCACAAGAAUUGCAGAGAAAGAGCAGCCAAGUGAUCCUAAUGCUAACAUGCUAGCUCGACAGUGGUGAGUGAAAGUAAACCACUUCUGCUGUCUACGUGAUGUAUUUAUUUUAUAAGACCCUGAUGCUAAACUCACAUCAGAGAGCGAGCUGCAUUAAAGGUCGACUGUUGGUUUCUCUUUACGCUUCACUUGUGCACUGACUCACCUGAUCACACCGUCAGUGUGAUUUCUCUCACCAGCGAGCAGCUGAUUCUAUGUGCAGAAUUUGCCAAAAAGCCUCUGACACUUUCUGUCCUGCGGCUACAGCCACAGGUGUUCACUGAAUUACUGUCGGCCUGGUGUCGGGCAUUUACACGUGAAUGAGACUUGAGGAAGUUAGAUAUGAUUAUUAGUGACAGUGAUGUGCUGCACCUACAGCCACUGAGCCUGCUGUAGGGUAGCGUAACGAUGAAGUAUUUUUGUAGGUUAAUUGAAAGUAGCCUCAUCCAGGUGCACUCCACAAAAAACACAUGAGAGUUUUGAAAAUAAUCCCUGAAAAGCACAAGUUUAGAUACUUUUUAUGAUGAUUUGUUCAGCAGGAUAAUCUGAACCAAAGAUUGAGAGAGCAAUAGUGACAGACUGUUAUUCAGCUGCUGACGAGAGCACAAAGCACACAGCUGCAGCAGCGUAGUCCAGCGGUGCUCAUGUGUUUGGUGGAGAACAUCUGGUGUUUUGCAGCUGGAUACUUUCAAAUUGUAUCUUGAUCGCACUGUUUUCUACAGUUUUUAACCAACUUGCCUUAAUUAAAAAAACAAAAACAGGUGCCAACAUAAGAGCAUUCCAUGUCUUGUAUACAUUCACCGUGUUUGUGUUUUUCUACUGUUAAAUGUCAGAACAAACAUGUUGUCAUUUGUGCUGAAAAUUCAAGUUUUUCCUUUUGAACUGGUUGGACCAGACAAACUGUAAUGUCAGUGUAUGCUUGUUGUUGAAAUAAGAUUUUUUCCUUUUUUUUUUUUUUUUACAGCUCAGUUUGUUAAGUUGUUUUGUGUAAGCGGCACACUCCUUCACAGUUUACAUCUGUGUGCCUUCAUUUCCUGUCAUCCAAUUUCAACUGUAAAAUAAAAGCAUGACAUUCCCUUAAAGGAUAAAAACACUUUACUGUCAUGUUCGUACUUUUGUCCAGGCUGUCUGAACAACAGCUGCAGUGGUCCUGGUUUAUUUCGUUUUUCAGUGACAUAAACAUGUAACUCACUUUAUGGGAUGAAGAUCUUUGUGUGCUGAACAUUAAAUCUGCUGUAAACUUCCUGUUUGUUUUGCAGUUAGCUUUCUCUCCUCCUGAUUGGAUAAAGUGGGCAGGGAUACCAGAAAAUGUCUGUUGUCUUUACUUACUGACCAAACCGUCUGGAACAGUGAUAACGGUUGGGAAUUUGUAUUUCAUUCUGCAUAUGAAGCUUUGUCAGCCUGUGUUUAUUGAAUAAACUGGAUAAAAACAAAGUUAAGAUUUUAUUCUGGACUUUUCUUGAUAAUGACA